UCUGGGGCGAGUCCUCCAAGGUGACGGAGCAACAACAAACAUGGCGGACGACAGACGAAAACCUUCGUCUCUCAAAGAUUUGCUUGAAACUAUAUACGAAGUUCACAGAAAGGAUAUCAAAACCUAUACAAGUGGUCAUCUUAAUUCUAGCAAGCUUUUAAAACCUCCAGGAGAACGUCACGCAAGAUGGGAGACUUCAGAUAAACCACCAAUUCGACUCAAGUCGCCAAACCAACUUGUUGACCACCCAGUGAGAAGAGGGGAAUGCAGCUCAACAGAACUCAGGCACAAGACCAUGGCAGAUCGUCUUGUGGAGUUCAGUCUGGGGCCCACGAGAAAUAUUGCACAAUUCAAACCAGAAUCAAGGCCAGCCUCAGGAGACGAUGUUGAAGAAAUGCUUUUAAAAGAUGGUACAGAUACAUCAGGCAAGCUUGCCAAAGACAAAAUACAUGUUGAGGAGUUGCGUCUGCCAGAAAUAAUGAUACCAAUGACAAAAACCAAAGCUGGUAACCUCCCUGGGAAAUCAAAACCAGAAGAUGUGCACCAAGCAUUUGUUGAGACUUACCUGAGUUACCCAACCAAGGCAGACCAGUUCCAACUAUCUUCCCUGGAAUCAGCAAGUCAGAGGGGACCAAACUUUCACAGACUUCAGAUAUACAACAGAUGUUUUGCUGAGAUCAUUGAAGAGUCCAAGACAUUCGGUCCUCUUUUAAAAAAGAUUAAAGAUGAGUAUGACAGCUACAUGUCAUAUUUGUUAGACACACAAAAGCCAUCACAGCACAAAGUGCUGUAUCAUCACAUUGACAGUCUCUCAGAAAAUCCAUCCAGCUCGGAUAAACUGAAGGAUGAAGAAAAGAGAGUUGAAACUCUGGAAAAGGAAGCAAGACACCUGUUAGAAGAAAAUGCAAGAUUGACCAAACUCCUUCGAGAAGAGGAGCAAAAAGCAGCAGAAGAGUUAGAAGCUAACAUUCCAGUUGGUUAGAAAUUUAUUUCAAUGUAACUUGUACUGUUGAUGUAAACUUCAGUUUGUAAGUCAGUGAGAAACUUUUUCAAUUUCUAAAUAAACUACAGUACAACUGAACUUCACAAAUGUGUCCAGACACUCAAGAAAUGUGUGUAGACUAAGGAGAGGUGUCUACUUAUAGCAGCUUAAAAAUUUGAUGUUUGUGUGAUUUGGCUGGACCAAAGAAGUAUCUGCUCACAGGAGGUGAGUUGAUGUUGAACAGGAGGU